AUGCCCGUUAUUUAUUUCCUCCAGGGCCCCUCCACCCAGCCUCAAAAGGAUCCUGAUUGCUUGACCUGGCUGAUAUCUGACCGAUGGAAACGGAAACGGAUUCCAAAUGGUGGCAGACUCUCCAAGCACUACGACUUCACCAAGCCGAACGACGCCCGCGCGCUGCGUCUGAUGAAUCACGCGGCGACGCACGUCGUCGCGUCCAUGCCCGAGAUCAUCCUCGCGUACGGCGUGUCGGACGAGUACAGCUUCGUGUUCCACCGGUCGGCGACGCUGUUUGAGCGCCGCAGGGACAAGAUCGUCUCCACGGUCGUGAGCACUUUUACCGCUGCGUAUGUGCUGGGGUGGGAUUUGUUCUUUUGUCCAGAGCGGGAGGGAGUGAAGGAGGGAGCAAAGCGGCAGGAGGAGGGAGAGGACAACGGGAAGGAAAAGGAGGGGGAGAAGGGAGAGGAGAAAGAGGAGAGUGCGCGGCGAGCCGCAGCUAAGAAGAGCAGAAUGUUGAGCAUGGACAUGUUGCCGACCUUUGAUGGCAGGGCCGUCUGUUAUCCCUCCUGGGCCAAUUUGAGGGACUAUUUGAGCUGGAGACAGGUUGAUUGCCACAUCAACAACCUCUACAACACGACCUUCUGGGCCCUGGUCCAGCAAGGCGGCAUGACGCACACGGCGGCCGAGGAAUUUCUAAAGGGCACCGUGUCCUCCGACAAGAACGAGAUCCUGUUUUCCAGGUUUGGGAUAAACUACAACGACGAGCCGGAUAUGUACAAGAAAGGGAGCGUCGUUUUGAGAGAGUACGUGUUGAGGAAGGGUGGAGGAGAAAAAGAAGAAGAAGAAGAAGAAGGAGAUGUCAGAGGGACUGGUGAAGCUAAGCACGAGCACGAGCGCAACGUGGACGAUGACGACGGAUCCUCCGCAGUCCCAAAGCCCGCCGUGUCCAAGACGCAAGCAGAGAAAAUGCGCAAGGCGCGGAAAAAGGCACAAGUCGUCACGAAACACGUCGAUAUCAUCCGCGACGACUUCUGGACUCAAAGGCCCUGGCUUCGCAGUGGGAAGCCCGGGGAGACCGGUGAGUGA